AUGCAAGUUGUAGAUCUCAGGGGCUCCAAUCUUACUGAGGUGAUGGAUGCAAAAGGCCAAAAAUUACUAGCAAUUUUUCCAGCAAAAUUUCAGAAAAGCAUGUGGAUUAAACGAGGGAACUUUGUUGUGGCUGAUGAAAGUGGGAGAGAAGAGGCAGCUGAGUCUGGCAGAAAAAUUGGGUGCAUCAUUACGCAAGUACUCUACCAUGAACAAGUUCGUCUGCUUCAAAAAUCUCCAAACUGGCCAGAAACGUUCAAAUCCACACCCCUAGCUAACUCAGAGCAAGAUUCGCAAUCACAUACAGCCGAAAAAGAUGAUUCAGAAAGUUCGACUGAUGAUGAUGGACUCCCACCAUUGGAAGCCAAUACAAACAGAUUAAAUCCUCUUCAGACGCAGUUGGAUACUGAUUCUGAAUCGGAUUCAGACAAUUCUUAA